GUGACGUGAGGGGGAGGAGCCGGAGAAAGGCGCUCUGUCCGUAGGUCAUUUCCGUUGAGCCUAGCGGCGACAACGGCAACAUGGCUCUGAAUGGCGCUGAAGUUGACGAUUUUUCCUGGGAGCCUCCGACCGAAGCGGAAACCAAGGUUCUGCAAGCGCGACGCGAGCGGCAGGAUCGCAUCUCCGCGCUCAUGGGCGACUACCUGCUACGUGGUUACCGCAUGCUGGGCGAGACGUGCGCGGACUGUGGGACGAUCCUCCUCCAAAAUAAGCAGCGGCAGGUGUACUGCGUGGCCUGUCAGGAGCUCGACUCAGACGUGGAUAAAGAUAACCCGGCUCUGAAUGCCCAGGCUGCCCUCUCCCAAGCUCGGGAGCACCAACUCGCCUCUUCCUUGGAGCUCCCUGCAGGCUCUCGGCCCACCCCUCAGCCCCCAGUACCCCGUCCAGAACACUGUGAGGGAGCUGCGGCAGGGCUGAAGGCAGCCCAGGGGUCGGCCCCUCCUGCUGUGCCUCCAAAUGCAGAUGUUGUGGCCAGCACACAGGAGGCCCUCCUGCAGAAGCUGACCUGGGCCUCAGCCGAACUGGGCUCUAGUGCCUCCCUGGAGACUAGCAUCCAGCUCUGUAGCCUCAUCCGGGCUUGUGCUGAGGCCCUGCACAGCCUGCAGCAGCUGCAACACUAAGAGCCCCUCCCCGCCUACCCCCCAGAAAAACCCUCUAGAAAAACAGCCGUUCCUCUUGUGUGGUUUGUUCUUUUCAUGGUUCUGAGUGUGCAUGCCAGCCCCAGCUCCACUCACCUAUUGCCUGCUUUUGGUCUCUUACCCCACCCCUCUCUGAUCUUGAUGCCCUGAGAUGGGAGUUGGGCUCGUUCUGCUCAGUUUCCCCACUCAGAGGAUGACAGGGAGGGAGAGAACUACGUGAUAGUUGCCCCCCAAAGGCAGGAACUAGAGGGAUGGGCCUCUGCAGCACCCCCGUAGCCUCCUGAGCCAUCCAGGGCUCGUUCCCCACCCUUGAGUGAGAUUGGGAUCCAGUCCCCUUGGUUCCUUCUUCCCCGAAGCAUCCUGGGACCAUCAUCCUUUCCCAUCUCCUGCCCAGCCCAGGGGCUCAGGCACUGACGGGGCGUCGUAAGGUUGCACAGUAGGAAUCAAAUAUGGAUGUACCUCAGUCUCCUGAUCCCCGAUUUUAGAUCCUUUACCUUGGGAGUUACAACUCGACAGAAUAAUGAAACACGGUGUUGGGGGAGGGGAGCAUAAAGAGCUGUGAAGGAACCGUGCCCGCUA